GUUAGCGCUCUACGUGUAUGAAUAUCUGCUCCAUGUAGGAGCUCAGAAAUCAGCCCAGACGUUUUUAUCAGAGAUAAGAUGGGAAAAAAACAUCACAUUGGGGGAACCACCAGGAUUCUUACAUUCUUGGUGGUGAGUGCUGCAGCAGCUCCCAGCCCAGUGCUAGGAAACAUUCCCCCAGGAGAUGGCAUGCCAGUAGGUCCUGUGCCACCAGGGUUCUUUCAGCCUUUUAUGUCACCUCGGUACCCUGGAGGUCCAAGGCCCCCCUUGAGGAUACCCAAUCAGGCACUUGGCGGUGUCCCAGGAAGUCAGCCAUUACUCCCCAGUGGAAUGGACCCAACUCGACAACAAGGACAUCCAAAUAUGGGUGGGCCGAUGCAGAGAAUGACUCCUCCUCGAGGAAUGGUGCCCUUAGGACCACAGAACUAUGGAGGUGCAAUGCGACCCCCCCUGAACGCUCUAGGUGGCCCUGGGAUGCCCGGAAUGAACAUGGGUCCAGGUGGUGGUAGACCUUGGCCAAACCCAACAAAUGCCAAUUCAAUACCAUACUCCUCAGCCUCUCCUGGGAAUUAUGUAGGUCCUCCAGGAGGGGGUGGCCCACCAGGGACACCCAUCAUGCCAAGCCCAGCAGAUUCAACCAACUCUGGAGAUAACAUGUAUACAUUAAUGAACGCAGUACCUCCUGGACCCAACAGACCUAAUUUUCCAAUGGGCCCUGGGUCAGAUGGCCCCAUGGGUGGCCUGGCAGGCAUGGAGUCCCAUCACAUGAACGGCUCUCUAGGCUCGGGGGACAUGGACAGUAUUUCCAAGAACUCUCCCAACAACAUGAGCCUGAGUAACCAGCCAGGCACCCCGAGGGACGAUGGUGAGAUGGGGGGCAACUUCCUAAACCCUUUUCAGAGUGAGAGUUAUUCCCCCAGCAUGACCAUGAGUGUGUGACCGCUCCGCCAUCUGCGAGAGCUGCCGCGAGCCAGCCCUUCCCAGAACCACGGGCAACCAUGACCAUCACCGUGCCAGUUUCGAGGACUCUGUCACACCAACCAACCCUGUCUGUCCUGCUCUCCCCUGUUGUGUGAAGAAAGCGGGUCCAGCCGCGACUCGAACACCUGUGUGGAGCGGCGCAUUAGACCUGCUCGGCAGACUGCAGACCGUUGUGUGUGUGUGUGUGUAUGUGUGGGGAAGAGGCUGUGCCAUUGUGUGUCUGUCACGCAGACACAGGCAUAAGCGUGCACUGACCCACGGACAUUGUAAGAUAUCCUCACACGACAUCUUAAGUAGAACAAGUAGGGCCUUUUACUCCAUCCUUUUUUUCACGUUUACAUUUUAAUUAUUAAAAGUUGCUCCUGCCCCUCCCUGAACUAUUUUGUGCUGUGUAUAUCACUGCUUUAUAUAAGUUAUUUUUUAAGGUGAACUCAGAUGUUAUGGUUUUGUAAAUGUCUGCAAUCAUGGAUAGGAAUAAAAUCGCUUAUUUGAGAGCUUUCAUUAAACUGCGUGUGAUGCAAGUUA